CUUUCCAGGAUAUGGACAUUCAAGAUAAGCUGUCCUACUUUCAAAUCGCUGGUAAGAACUCCCUGGAUCAGCGUCAUGGCUAGGUGAACCGCGCAACAUCUGACUCAUUCAAUUAGGCAUACAUGGGCAACCUUAUGUGACGUGGGACGCGAACGCUAGUCGUCCGGGACAGGGUCGUGGCUAUUGCUAUCACAAUUCCAUCAUGUUCCCAACCUGGCACCGAGCUUAUUUGCUCCUUUUUGAGCAACGUGUCUACGAGCUUAUGCUCCGUGUAAUUGAGCGAUAUCCUUCGUCCAGACAACCGCAACUUCGACAAGCUGCGGACACAUGGAGACUCCCAUUUUGGGAUACUGCUUCGGCGCGGGUUCCGGACAUCUGCAUCAACGUUGAGAUUGAUGUGGAUGGACCAGGAGGGCGCCAGAGGGUUCUGAAUCCGAUGCAUGAGUAUCACCUGACGCAGAAUCAGACUUUUGCCAGCGGCCGGGUCAACACUCCGAAUGAACCGUCUCGCAGCGUGCGGUAUGAUCAGACUCGAGCAACGAGUAGAUGCCCCCGAGGACAAGAGAAUUGGAUAGAUGGGGUGCAGAACGUCGACCUCAUCAAUAGCUACCUAAGUUUGAACGACAAGGACGGCAACCCGAACACCCGGGAUACAACGAUGAAGGAGGACGUGUAUCGCCUGCUGACCUAUCCUGCGGCUGUCAGCUACCAUAUUUUUGCUACCACUCAGGUGAUCUCGGCCAUUCCAAGACCUGCGGGAUAUUUGAGUUUAGAAUCUGUACACAACGUUGUUCAUGUCUGGACCGGGGGCGAUGGCCAAUUUGGAAACCCUGGGCAUAUGGCUUCUCCCAGCGUGGCGGCUUUUGAUCCGAUCUUCUGGAUGCAUCACAAUAAUGUGGACCGCUUGCUCGCUCUCUGGCAAGAAUUGAACCCCACCGCUUGGUUCGACAAUAAUCCCAGGAUCCGCGAACGAGGAACAGAUGGACUAGAGCCCUUCAACAAGGACUCCAACUACACGCUCAUCACGUCGAAUGAUGUCCGCUACUGCACUCGACUGGGAUACACGUAUCCGGAACUUCAGCCAUGGCUACCCGAAUACCAGCGCAGCGGUCGGUUCAACCAGCAGCUGUACCUAGAUGCCAUCAGAUCAAAGAUCAACGGUUUGUACGGCCCGCUGCGCCAACGAGUGCUUGGGCUUGAUCAAACACGCCCAUUACAGCCUCCUAUUCAGCGAGCUUUGGCUGCCGCUGCGUCUACCAUAACACCUGUUCCUAUAGCAGUAGGGGCAGAUUUGUCUGCCCUUGCAUCUGAACCCGCUGUCGCAGAAACGGUCGCGAGAGCAGUGUCUGCUUCUGACCCUACUCUACAAGGAGAAAACGUCACGAGCGCCGAGUCUGCGGCACAGGCAAUGCCUAUUGCAGUAGCUUCAAUUGCUACGGCAGAGAGAGGCAUAACCCAAGCUCCUAUUUCCGCACGAUCAACCGCCACAACGGCGGCACCAGCAAUGCCAGCCUCUGUUCCACGGUCAGCUCCUCCCCUCACUGCCACGGAAAAUGCCGGGGGCGUGCCGGAGGACCCAGAGGCACGUGGAACCGAAGAGCAUGACCACUCGUUCAUUGAAAUGCCCGACUACAUUGUCAACGUGCGCUACUCCCGACUGGAACUGGAUCGCGGAGCUCAAUACAUUGUGAAAAUCUACAUUGGCGAGAGCGGCAGCACCGCCGUGGUGCCAGCAUAUGUCGGGUGCGUGGUGACUUUCAGCUCUCCUCUCCCCGAAGACGAGGAAGAACCGCAUUGCGAGAACUGUCGGAGGCAGCUCACGGAGGGGUCGCUGGCAACCGGACAGGUGCCAAUUACGGAGGCGAUCCUGGAUCAUAUUGAAGAUAGCGGGACUCCUCUGGAUGCCAUCGAUCCCAAGGCCGUGGACGAGUAUCUGACGGACAGGCUGACGUGGAAGGUCAUACGGAUCACUGGUGAGGAGGUUCCUCUUGAAAGCCUCCCUUCUCUGAAGGUCUCUCUGGCGGUUGGGACAGUCAAGUACUAUGCUGAUGGUUGCUCGUUGCCUGAGUACACCGACUAUCAAAAUGCGACACAGGUCACCCAAGGCAAGCAGUGCGGUUUGACGCAUGAUGACACUUUCUAAACAAAACCAAGCGUUUUGAAAGCCACAUUCUUUGUUGCAGUGGCGUUCCCGUCUACAUUGAUGUAGAAAUUGUUCUGGAAUUGCUCUGAUAAUGCUCAACGAUAGCAUGAAUUCACAAUAUGCAGUGACACGGCCGUUGAAACCCUAGGAUACGCUUCAGUGAUACCAGGGCGAAUCAAUUUGUGACGUUUCCACUCCUCUUUCCUCCACUCGACUUGACUCCUCCCUCUGUACUCAGUGAGUGGAUAUUCAGUCCCGGGCAACGCAUAUUCAGUAAUUAUUAUGGA